AUGCAACUUUUCUACGCUAAAGCCAGACCAAAAGCUAAUCCAAAAGAUGCGGUUCUUCGUCUACGGGAGACCCUGUCGAUGUUGGAGAAACGCGAAGCUUUCUUACAGAACAAAAUCGACAGCGAAUUAAAGACGGCCAAACUCAAUGCAGGAACAAACAAAAGAGCUGCUUUGAUGGCUUUGAAAAGGAAGAAACAAUAUAUGAAUCAGAUUGAGAAGAUAUCCGGGUCUCGACUAUUGAUCGACACUCAGGUGAUGGCUAUUGAAAACGCUAAUGUUAAUUUAGAGACCAUGAAAGCAAUGCAGGUGGGGGCUGAGGCAAUGAAGUCGAUAUAUGGAUCAAUGGAUAUUAACACAGUCGAUGAUACAAUGGAAUCUAUACGCGAACAAAUGGAUUUGGCAGAAGACAUUUCGAAUGCUAUUUCGGUACCCUUAGGAGUGGACUUUUUAGACGAUGAUGAAUUGGCAGCUGAAUUGGAGGAAUUAGAACAGGAAGCACUCGACAACCAAUUGCUUGGUGCAGAGGCUCCACCUGUUACAGUGCCGAAUCUAGGAAGGACUGAACCAGUUGUGAGAAACCCAGCGCAAGAUAUCGACGAAGAGGCAGAACUAGCAGAUUUACGAGCUGCUAUGGCAUUAUGA